CCGUUUUUGUUUUUGUGUCUCAGCCCGUAAAGGAAUAAAAGAUAGCACUGUUUCUGCACAAAAAGUAUAAUUAAAGCUAAUAUGAUUUUAUAACGCAUGCCAGUUCGAUCUGGACUCCUGAAUAGACGAACAAUUGAUCCGCCCACGGUACCCAAGACAACCGGCGGAAGGUGAGCACAAUGUCCAAGACAAACGGCUGGAAUGGGUGUGGAGCGGGAACGCACGGAAAUGGGAGCAGUACCUCCUUGCAAUCGUCUCCUAAAUACUUGCGCACCACAGAACUCCGUCGCGUUGAGGACAAUGAUAUUUACCGGCUGUCCAAAAUCCUUGACGAAAACGUCGGUUGGCGCAAGCUCAUGUCGAUAAUACCAAGGGGUCUGGAUUCACAAGCUUCAAGCCCUGCCGGUGGUUUAAACUAUCCAAAUGCUAUAAAGAAAGGGUACAAGUACACAACUCAGGACGCUGUUCAAAUUGACGAGGCGGCUAACAGAUUAGCGCCCGACCAGAGCAAGUCCGAGAUUAUGAUCGAUGAGUGGAAGACCUCUGGAAAAUUUCAAGAGCGCCCAACCGUGGGUGUCCUGCUUCAGCUCCUGGUUGAGGCGGAAUUGUUCAGUGCAGCCGAUUUCGUAGCGUUGGACUUUCUUAAUGAGCCCAAGCCAGAUCGCCCCUCCGAUGGACCAGCAGCACCUAUAAGUCUGGACCUAUCGGAACUUCUUGACGAAGACAUGGAUGUUGACGGCGAAGGACCGAAUCCGAGUCCUGCAAAUCAGGCUGCCCUGGGAAGCAUUGGCCUUAAUUUGGACAACUUUGACAAGCAUAUGAUGUCGCGGAACAAAAGCCUGCCCCAACCGUCUGAGACUGUUCCUCCCAUAGCACCGCCCCGUGCCUCUCGUCUGCAUAGGGACGCUACCAGCUCAAACAUUGCCACCGAAUCGACUGCGACCGGGUCUACGUCGGCAACCACGCCCAAUAUACCUAAUCUAACAAUUCUCAACCGCACCGAACAAUUGGCGGAGCAGGAGAAUCAGCCUCGACCGCAAAACAUCCCAAAUUUGUCGAUACUCAUAGCAAACUCAACAUCUUCAAUAACAACGAAUUCCACUUCUUUGGGUCCUACAAACAGUCAGGAUAGCUUAGUUGGCACACCAAACAUACCCAAAAUUACGCUGUUGAUUGAGAAUUCUGCCCAGAUAAGACCGCCAGCGACUGAAGCAGCGGAAACGAGCUUAAACAAUUUGCCCAUGAUAAGCGCUUUAAAUCUGAAUAGCAACAAUGGAGGGGACUCGCCCCCUAAUAGUAGCAGUUCAAGCAGCCUGAGUAACGACGAAGACGAAUGUGAUGCUGAUGACCCGGAUGCUUCACUACAAAAUCUGAGCACCUCGGAGCAACAGAACUCAAACAAUGAUUCCAGCUUGACAACGGUGACUGGCACCAGCGGUGAUAACAGCUUCGAAAUGACCAACGACUCUAGUUCGACUUCGAACGACGAAUAUGGCGGAAAUAUUCCAAACCUGAGUGAACUGCAUUCGUAGGCAAAUUUCCGGAUGCGCCCGUCCAUACAAACGAUUUCCACAUGAGAGACAUUCCGUUAUACAAACUAGCUUAAGUUUUAUGUUAUUCAUCCUGCAUGUAUUUGAUGUUUGCCGACGUCGGCGUGUAAAUGUGGACCUGGUCAUCUUGUGCCGAUUGCACAAGAUUCCAUAGAAUCUAAGAACUUUGAGGUACUAUUGUUUUUUUUAUCCAUAUCACGGCUACUGACAUAGUCCAUGACAAGUGCGGCGAUAUCAAAUAUUUCCGUUUCAAGCAAGCCAUAAGCCAAUAACCUAUUGUGACGAUUUUUGUAUCUUUUACUAAGUACACAUUGUUUUCAUGUAUAAAUAUACUGAAAAAGAAAUAUUGUUUUAUUAACU